GUGUAGCUCGGCGAGGGCUUCAUCUUUCCGAUCGAUCCCAAAGUGAUGUAUGUAUCCGCGAAACCAGAGCCAUCUAGGACGGGCAAUGCUUGGUAGCCUCCUUCUAUCCACUGUUCGUGGUAUCAUCCUCCCGCAUUGCUAACGAUCGUCCGGUGACUGAUGCAGAUCGAAAGCCAUGCGUUGUGUCCCCUUGAAAGAUCUGGGUCUUGAUUCAUUGAUCUCUUACCAAUCCCCCUCGGUGACCUGGCGCCCUCCUAUAUCAUAAUCGAUCGCUCUAUCCCCUCUCGAGACUUGAUCUUCAACAGCAAAUCAAGGCUACAAAGGGGCGUUAAUUGUCCGGCACACCAUGCCCGAUUCAGCGGACUCGGAAUGGUCUCAGUCUUUUGCAUCCGGCCCUACAAUGUCGUUGCUUUCGUGCAACUCCCAGCGCUUUCCUGGCGAUGCGCCCGCUACCACUCUACGCGAUGACGAUGCGCAGGCCGACUCGUCCGGGCGCAGGUAUAUCGGCGCGCCCCAGAAUGCCGCAAUCGAACGACUGGUGAAACUCAAGCAGGAACUUCGAAUGCUAGGAUCGGAAAACUUCUGGAACCAACUCAUGGAGCAUAUCAGCUCCAUUUGCGACGCCCAGUAUGUUUUUGUUGCUCGCAAGGCGCGCGAUGACGAGGCGGCGAAUGAGAUAGGAGGCCAUAAGCCCUACCUGUUCGGCACGGCGUUCUAUUACAACGACGGAUAUCACACUGCGGGUAUGCAUCGACACCGAUAUUUUGCGGGCGGCAAUCCCCUGUCUCACAUGGAUCACGAGAAGCCGUGCUUAAUUCCGGAGAAGCUGGGCUCUUUCAUCUCGUUCGAUCGGGACCAGCUUCCCUUUGCCGCAGAGGGCUAUCUGGCCGUCCCCCUCUUUUCGGAAAACAAAUGCCUGGCGUACCUGGGUCUGAUGUGGUCGGAGCCCGGCUUGAAGAAGCGGGAUCUGUCCUGGUCGUUUCUCGAAAUGAUUCUGUAUUCAUUGGAAGAUCUGGUCGUUCAGCGGAUCCGUGACGACGUGGACACUGCAAAGACGCCGCAAUCCAGCGGCAAAAUCAGGAACGUCGCCCCCAGCUACACGAGCAUCGAGGAUGCACACAUCAGCCUUGCUCAAGGACCAGCGGACUUUGCAUCCCACCCUCUCAAACCAUAUGCGAGGAGUUUAUCUCACGAGCUCCGGACGCCAAUGCAGGGCGUCGUCGGAAUGCUCGAUGUCAUGCAUGCUACAGUCCGUGAUGCCAUCCAAGAUAAACCCUCUCCGAAGGCGGGGUGCGUUUUUCGGACUCUGAAAGAGAGCAUCGAAAUGGUGCAGGAUAGUGCAAGACGGGCGGUUGAAGCCGCAGAUAACGUGGUCCAUGCCUACGACCUGAACAUGCAGGUUCCCAAGACUCCACAGUUCGAGCGGGAUGAUUGCUUUGGCGGUCCCGUCCAGUCCCCGGUAAAUGCAUGCGACCAUCGACCGAACAUUUUCGUCGAGGGGAGCAGCAUUCCAGUCAAUCCGUACAAACGACGACGAAGCAACCCGCCAGACUGGAGCGCUAGCGCGGCACCGAAACCAAAGGUGCCACGGGUGUUUUCACCCAAGGGGCUCUCACCACGCAGUGAGGAGGUCAAAAAUGCCGUCCACGAGAGCGAAAAGCUCAUCAAAGCCACCCCUCCGCACGAAAUCGAAGCCGUAAUGGCGAAUAUGGUCAACCCUCGCCCGUCACUGGCGGUGCGGCGCUCAGCACCGCAUCUUCUGUUGGAAGGCAUCAAUGUCAAUGUCGCCCCAGCGCUGAGGUACACCAAGCUUCGCGACCUCCUUCGGCUGGUCAUCAAUGAAUCCUUGCAUGUUGGGGGUCGACCCGACUUUGCAGUGAGCAACGGGACCGAGUUCGGCGAGAAAAUCGAAAUACGAUCGCGGUCGUCCAAUGGCGAAGUGUUCUCGAAGACGAUUAACUGGUCCGUCGAUCCCGCGCUACCAGACACUCUGUUUGUGGAUGACCGGGAUCUGGCCAAGUUGAUAUCGUGCGUUUUCCUGAACGCGGUCAAGUUCACCAACAGCGGUGUGAUUACUGUGUGUGCCACCGCUGGCCGUAAAGCCAACGAUGUCUUGGUAGCCAUCAAAGAUACCGGCCCAGGCAUCCCCGAGGCCUUCUUGCCGAGUCUGUUUAAAGCGUUUGCUCGAGAAGACACGUCAACCACCCGGAGUAAAGAUGGGCUGGGACUGGGCCUUCUGGUCGCAAAGGGCCUGGCUAGGAAGAUGGGCGGUGAUCUCAUCUGUGUUCGCUCUUCCACCACAGGCCCUGAUCGUGGCUCGGAGUUUGAGAUCAGGAUCCCCGCCAACCAGCCAGACCCUUCUGGGCCAGUGGCCCCUCCUGCCAGGUUGCUGACCCCGCCUCAGCUUACCGAUCCUUCGCGGUUGAGCAGUGGGAUCGCUUCGAGUCUGGAAUCCUCGUUUCUAUCACCCGCCCUCCGGACCCCUAGCCAGCCGAUCCAACAGCCAUCACCCAGUCUUAGCGAUGAAUCGACGUCUGCGACAUCGACCCCUGCACGCUCAGUGCCCAACAACAAGUCAGUACCGCGUCACAUCAACGGCGACACUCACGAUAGCAAGCUGGGGGAAAAGCAUCCGCUCACAUUCCUCGUCGCCGAGGACAACAAAAUCAACCGACGGGUCUUGGUGCACAUGUUGAAGAGACUAGGCUAUACGGACGUCUACGAAGCCUGCAAUGGAAAAGAGGCCGUACGCAUCAUGCAGGACGUGCUGGAAUCCCAACGCUCCGACCCGAGCCCUCCUCCCAGAUGCCAGAACAGUCCGGACGGUUUCCCCAUCCCCAACCCGCCCGAGCAACGCAAGAAGCCAGUGGACGUGGUGCUGAUGGACCUCUGGAUGCCCGAAAUGGACGGAUACGAGGCGACAUCCAAAAUCCUCCAACUGGUAGACGAGCACCACGGUCGAAUACCCCCUAAUUCUCGACCCAACCAGCCCGUUGCAGCGGAUCCAACCGGAACCGGGACCGGGGCAUCACCCACGCACCGGCCCGUGGCUCCUACGGUCCUGGCCGUGAGCGCCGAUGUCACCGACGAGGCACUCAGCCGUGCCUCCAAGGUCGGCAUGAAGGGCUACAUGACCAAGCCGUACAAGCUCUCGGAUCUCGAGCGUUUGAUCCUGGGGUUUUGCAGUGACCCGGCCCGGCCUUCCGAUGACUCGACGAAUACAUGACAUAGACUCUCCAUCUCCAGUCCUUUGAGCUCUUGAUUGAUUUUGCCCCCACCCGCUUUAUACCUCUUUGUCCUUCUUUACUCUCCUUGCAUCUGAGUCCGAUACGGACGGACUCCCGACAACGCCGUCCUUCUGCCUGCACCUGCAGCGCGGCUGUCGGCAUAAUAUUUAGUCUGA